AUGGCGUCCACGUCCAUCGCGCUCGCGACGCCGCGCGCGGCGUCGCUCGCGCGCUCGCGAUCGUCCGCGUCCGCGUCCGCGUCGACGUCCGCGACGUCGCGCGUCGCGCGGAGGCUGACGGCGCGGUGGGGAGACGGAGACGGAGACGGAGACGCGCGCGGACGGCACCAGCAGAUCGCAGCCUCCUCGACGAGAUGGGCGGUCGACGCCGCGGACGCGCGCUCGAUAUCCACCGCGAAGGAAGAGCUGUUCGAGUCGAUGCGCGACGCGAACAGAGGGUUGGACGCGAGCGACGACGCUCUCGCGGCGAUCGAAGCGAAGAUACGCGCCCUGGAAGCGCUGAACCCGACGUCGAAUCCCGCCAACUCGGCGCUCGUCGACGGACGCUGGGAGGUUGUCUUCUCCACCGCGCCACCGCCGUCCAACGGAUCGCUCGGGCCGUUCAAAGGCACGGCGUUUCAGGAGAUCAGCCUCGAAAACGGCUCGUACGUGAACGUUUUAUCCAUACCACCGAACGACUGGCUCGGCGCGCGCCUCGUCGCGACGUUCGCGCCAGUGAUGAACGACAGCCGCGGCGAGCUGUGGACGGUGACGUUCGACGCCGUCGCGGUGACGCUCUUCGACGGCGCGUUUUCGCCGUUCGCGAAGACGUUUAAGGACACGACGCGGGUGUGGAGGACGACGUUCAUAGACGCCGAGACGCGCGUCGUGCGAGCCGCGCGGACGAUGGAGGCGCUGACGCGGGAGGGGGCGCGGGGGAGGAAAGCGGUCGCGGGCGACGAGGACGACUGCGUGUUCGUAAUGAAGCGAGCGCGUUGA